AUGGUAAGGAGCCAGGUAAAGAAUUUGCUGUCGUUUGGGUCGGAAAUUGCACGCUGCCCGUGGAAUCCCACCCUGAAUUCUGACUUGCUGAGCAAAGGCCGGAGCCCCAGAAGGAAACAAAUACAGACUCUGAGCAAAGCUGCCCUCAUCCCCAGUGGCCCACUGGCCCCCCGGGGGGCCGGGUGCUUGGCAAUGAGCUCCGUGCUGUCAGCGUUCCUGAGGGAGCUCCCCGGCUGGCUCCUGUUCGCUGGGGUCUUCCUGCCUGUGACUUUGCUGCUCCUCCUCCUCAUCGCCUACUUCAGGACCAAACUGAUGGAGGUGAAUGAAGAAUUGUCCCAGACCACCAGUCAUCACCAAUACAAACGCAGGGCUGGCUCUUCCCAGUACCAGAGGACGAAACGAAGGUGACUUGGGGACCGGUCAAUGGCUAAAACACAGUGAAUUUCUACUGGUCAGCGGCUUAGCUAAUAAAGUAAGUUAAUAAACUCGAACAACAGCAAAAAUAGAAAGAAUACUAAGAGGCUUGUUCUUAACCACAUUGAAAAGUGGCAGCUAUUAUCCAGGGGGACAUCCACGAGACUCAGUCAAUAGCAGUUCAUCGGAGAGUACAAAGAAUAUGAUUUGCUUGGAUGUCGACUGGACACUGUAAUUUUUUACCUUUUAUAGGACUAGGUCCACUCUGAUGGGCACUCUUUUUCAUUUUUUAAAAUGUUUUUAUUUAUUUCUGAGACAGAGAGACAGAACACGAGUGUGGGAGGGGCAGAGAGAGAAGGAGACACGGAAUCUGAAGCAGGUUCCAGGAUCUGAACUGUCAGCACAGAGCCCGACACGGGGCCCGAAUCCACAAACCGUGAGAUCAUGACCUGAGCUGAAGUCAGGCGCUUAACCAACUGAACCACCCAGGCACCCGUGAUGGGCACUAGUUUUAAAAUAAAAUUCUUUUGUAAAAUAUUUUACGUAAGUAAUCUACGCUCAACGUGGGGCUCGAACUUAUAACCCCAAGAUCAAGAGUCACUUGCUCUACUGACUGAGCCAGCCAAACACACCUUGAAAUAAAAUUCUGAAGCAUCCUUAUUACAUAAUCCCAUAGAAGCACACAUUAUUCUGACUUUACAGAUGAAGAAAUUCUGGUAGACAGCAAAUGGAUAGCAAAAGACGAGUGCCCGGAGAGCUCUGUGGAUUCCCUCUGCGAGAGUACUCCCACUUCCUCCGUUUAGACCACGCGACAACUCUUAAAUGGUGUUCUUUCAGACAGCAUUUCCGGCCCCGAGUUUGCUUCUCUCCCUUUCCCAGCUGCCUUCACAAAUCACAUCAUCCUUGUCACAACCCACAAAAUAAGCAGAGUCUCUCCACGCUUGGUAUGGAUCACCCAUGAAUGCGGAUUUCAGCAAAAAAUGACUUGGAAAUACUGGCAACGUGCUGUUGGGAAACGGGAAGAACAGAACCUUCAUGUAGCUCAGAUGGAGAAUAACUCAAGUAUUUGCCUUUAAAACCAAAACAUCAAGGAACUAUUUCUAAAUACAGAAAGAAGUCAACAUUUCACUAGCAGAGUUCUUUUUUCAGGGGGAGCCCCAACGAGCCAAUGCCGAUAACUAAAAACAAAGUGGUGGUUAAAAUAGGUUGUGAUUACUGUUGUGCUCUCUGCAGUUUUCUGGUUAACAUCAACAAAAGAUGCUUCCUGUGUCCUAAGUGUGGGUCCGGUUAUAUUCCAAUCAUUGCAUGUGAAUCUAACAGGCUAUUAGGGUGACUCACUUUAUAAAACAUAAUGAGUUUGGCCACCUGGAAGAAAUGCACCGGCUUGUGUGGCGACAUACAAUCUUACAGCAGAUUGUGUGAAUGACCAAAAGCAACAAUACACGACUGGUCUGGUUUUCCUAGCUCCCCACCCCUUCCUGCUCCAAAUUCUUCACACGCAUCCAAAGUCAUUAGCCUCCAUUUGCACUUCUUGUAUAAUGUGAAACUCAAGUGUUGGAAGACACUCAUUUCUGUGUUUUAUUGCAUUUGAUUACAAUGGAGCUGUCUGCUGCAGCUUUCAGACUGUGGUAAUUUAAAAUAACAGUGUUCGUGCCAUAUGGAAGGAAUAAUAAUAUUCUAUCCGUUCUGGGAGGGAUCUCUUUUUAGCCCCUGAUAGAAAUCAGAUUAUGUAAAAAUGCUUUCUUGAACAGAAGGCGUGAAGGGAUGUAGCGUAUUCCCAGCUGCCAGCCAAAUCUGUGGUUUGGCCACCGGGGGUGGCUCCAUCCUCUUCUGGAAACAGAGGGAAGGCUGGUUUUUGGUUCUGGUGGAUGUCAUAGUCCACCACCUCUGCCUUCCCAGGGAAAAUCAUUCCAGCUCCUGCAGUAACAGAGGAGCUCCAAGCGUACGUUUUCAGCGAUCGGCAUAACCAGGUAGUUUAAAGCAAGACCCAUUUCUUUUGUUGCUGUUGAGAGCAAUUUCCAAUGAAAUCCUGAAUAGCUUCAUGUUUUUUAUAUGUAAUGAGAAAGAGAAACAUGUUAUAGUUUUCUCAUGGAAAGACCAAGUCCCAGGGUUUCCUAUAAUCUGCUUGAAGGCACUGCUACUCAAUUUGUGAAAUCCUGCAUGGAACACGGCCAGCUAUGGUCAUGCCCUUGCUCUCUAGACAGAGUCCAGAGUUUAAGGUCUUAUUCUGGUUUGGACUCCUGUGGCUCCUAUGCAUGGCUCCUGCCACCUAGACCAGGCUGCUUUCUCCUUAAAUUAUCCUAUAUUCUGUCCCCUCCUGUGCUCCAAAGCCUCUCACGAGGGGCCCCAAGUGCUUUCUCAAUGGCUCCUACUCUUAUUUCUAAUGUUCCAGUACCUGAAAGAAUUCCCAGUGAUUUUCUCAACAUAAGACCUUCAAUAAAAUAAUACUCUGUUGUCAUUCAAUGAAAAUUAACCAAAGAAUUUUUUUUUUUAAUAAAGCUGUAAAUGCUACCUUUCUACCUCUCUAACAGUGCAGGGAAACUGAAAUCCAUGAGUAUUCCUCCCCAUCCCGAACCUUUACAAACUGAUAAAACAGAAAAUUGGGCAAGGAAGGACACAUACUACAUUCCCUGAAAUGUUAUUUGCAACCUUUGAAAAGCAAACUUAUAAUUUAUCUGACCAGGUAACAGCCUCUACUAUUUUCCAGACUAACUUAGCAGCAAUUAGAAAAUCAAGAACACACACCCCCAUACACCAACAAUAACUCUUCCUUGAAAAUCUUAAGUUCUUUGGCAACACUGUGUCUCCGAAAUCAGAAAUCAUUACUAUUUUUUUUAAGUUUAUUUUGAGGGGGGUGGAAGGCAGAGAGAGAGAGAGAGAGAGAGAGACAAAAUUCCAAGCAGGUUCUGUGCUGCCAGCGCAGAGCCUGAUGUGGGGCUUGAACUCACAAACUGUGAGAUCAUAACUGAGCCCAGAUCAAGAGUUGGAUCCUUAACCGAAUGAGCCACCCAGGCGCUCCCAGAAUUUGUAACUGUUAAAACACAUUUUGGAAAUUAAUUUUCUGACUUUAGAAACAGGAUUUUUAGAGCAAAUUCUUUUGAGAUUUUUGCGGACUUUAUAAUUAGUGUGCUCACUGGAAGAGACGUCUGAGUUUAUCAGAAAUUUACACAAUGGUAUUUGCCCUGGCAAAUGAGUGAAACAAGAACAUAACAGAAAACAUGCAUUCAAAGUACUUUAUUGAUAAUUAACACCAAACAGAUUGGGAAUUUAAAAUAUUCUUUCCACUGUUGUUUUUUUUAAUGAUUUAAACCCACAUUCCCAAACUCAAGAUUAUUAAGAGCAGAGGUUCCAAACUUUUAUUUACAUAAUAAAGAAGCCUUUUGAGAAUUUGAUGAAAGCCAGGAAUUUAUUCCCAAGAAACAUGCAUCUACUCACAAUUUUGCAUAUAUUUGGGGGGCAAUUCAGCCCCUUGAAAUCUGUCCAGGGGUCUGUGGUUAGGAAGCCUGCCGCCAGAGUGUUCAAGGAUCUGUGCUGCCUUUUACCCCAGCAACCCUAGCUGCCUCCACAUGGUAGACAAUGAGUAGACCAUAAGAGAUCCUUGACAUUGUGGGGCUCUCAGGAAGUGAGGUCUACAUAUCUUCAAAGCCAAAACCUUCUCAAUAGACUUGUCAACCCUAUGAUAAAACAGAAUUCUAGGAAAAGCCCUCAGGACACAGCUCAGAUUGGCAUGAUCUUCCAUAAAUUUGCCAGUAGUGGAUUACCUCAUGGUACUCUUAUUAUUCACAAUGACUGCCAUGUUUUGAGGGCAGUAUUGAUCUAGGAGCUCUACGAGGCAUUGUAUACAUUUUGAUUUCAUCUAACCAUCAGAAUAUCCCUGCCCUGAGACCUAUUAGUACCUUCACUUCGGAGACACUUAAGUGCCUUCAUUAAAGUGACAAGGUUGUUACUGAGUAGGGGAUUCAAAGGUCUAUCUGCAGGAUUCUGAGGCCUUGGUGUUAGAAGCAAAGUAUCAUUUUAUAUAACCUGCUAUAAAUCUAAUAUGGCACCAUAACUAUAUACAGGGUCAUUGUGUUUGGCCCCGUGGCCAAGGGUCAGGAGUGUGGCACCUAGGAUUUGCCAGCUGGCCUGUACUCUUCUGGAGCCAAUGCCACACAAUAGCCUAAUCCCAGCAAGAACAUGAACGGGUGCAUGCAAGGAUCCGUCCAAGUCCAUUUUGACAUCUGUAAAAUUAACCAAGGAAUAUUCCCUGUUACUGUCUCAGCUGUAAUGUUCACAUGUCCUAGUCUCUCCUGCAAAUGUGGAAGACAGGUGAAAACUUACCGGGACACCAUACAACGAAGAACAAUGCAUUCUUCUCUAACAAUACGUGAAGAGAGAACUUUUUAAAAAAAUUAUGGGGCUUUAGGGUAUUUUUUUUUCCGCCUUUUAACAGAAUGAUAUUAUAAACCCUUACUUACCAACACCUGCCUUUAGCAAUUAUCCACUCAUGGACAAUCUGGUUUCAUCUAAACCACAACUCACUCUUCCUACCUAUAAAUGCUCAAUUAGGUUUUCAGAUAUCAAAUAAUUGUGUUCAUAAAUAAGUGGAAACACUUAAUGAAGUCCAUGCGGGCAGUAGUUAUGGCUAUAGUCAGUUUCACUGCUGCAGCCCUGGUGUUAGUUAUUCCAUGAACUGUGGUCUAUGCAGUGAGUACAACAUCUCUUAAAGGAAAAUAGGAGCUACUCUUGGUAGUGAAAUACCAAACAUCUAUCGACUCUACACAUCUAAAAUAUAACCUUAUUUUCUAUCCAGCUGUGGCCUCUGGAAAAUGCACUGCUGUUUGCUGCACACAGGACUGCUAUAAGACUUAUGUAAAAUGGUACCAAUAAAAAAAACCCACACAACUAAAAAGAAUACUUACUAUUCUAAAAUUGUAUUGCUUUCAAGAUAAACAAUUAGCACCUGGACAUUUCACCUCAGUGAACCUUGCUGACCUGCUUUCUUAUUCUAUCAUUCUAACAUUCUAUCUGGGGUUUUGAAAAUUCAGUUUAUGAACAAAAUUAUAAUAUCCUGAGAAGUAUUUUCUAAUAUUAAUGCAAAAUAUUAAGAACAACAGCCUUGCCGCUGCAACUACACAUGGCAUUACUUAUCAACACUGUUCCCAGCUACUUUUUGGGUUAAGCCCCACAGAUGCUCUAGAAGUCUCUCUGGGACCCCAAACCCUGUCCUUCCAAUCUCAGCUGAAUAAAACUAAGCCUUGACUCAAACACUGCGUAUCUUAUUCACUGGAGCUGCCAUAGACACUUCCUAUCUGUGCAAUUAUCACUGAAGUAUGGACAGAUAUGGUUCUCAAACUCUGGUAAACCCAACCUCUGCUUUGAAUAUGAACAUUAUAUAUGCAAGCUUUCUGAUGCGAAAUAUUUUCACAAAACCACAUUUGGUUCCGUAAGGUCUCGGAGGCUUGGCUUGCUGAGAUCGGCUUCUCUGGAGAAGAGCUGUUUCUGUAAUAAUUCUGCAGAGGUGAGAAAGACCUUUCACAAGGUGAGAGGGAAUUCAGUGGGAACAGAUCCCAAAGAAGACGGUUAUGCAAAUUGUAUUUAACACGCUCGCUUCAAAUGAUUAGAGAGAGAAAUUCUACAUAAUAUUUUAAAACAGAAUGUACCCUGUUGGUCAUUUGCUGUAGAAUGUCUUCAGUGUUUAGAAGAAAACUCAGCAUUUGAUGUGUCUCGGCAAAAGUUUCACAAUGAGCCACCCCGAUUUAACACAGACACAGCCCCUUGGCAAAACCCAUAUCCCACCUGAGACACUAAAGCCCACUGGACAGGAGGAAAAACCACGAGGAGGAGUCCAAUGGUACAGCUAAAAAUAUUUUCUAAAAACAAGAAAUACACUAAGAAAAGAAGCAAAAUUAUCCCUUGGAGAAUCUGUAAAAGCUAGGGUGGAUCGUGUAAGCAGGCAGGAGGGAUCUGGCACUCUAAACAACGGAUUUCCAAACUUUUGAUGCUGCUUUAUUCAUUUCAAAUCAGUGAUGCUGGCGGCGGCAGAUUAUAAAAGAUCUGAGUGACAAAAGCGACAUUUCAUAACAUAGUAGACUUUUGACUGAAAAUAACACUCCAGUUUAUUUUUUAAACCCUUACAAAAAGAGAAGUGACUGGGGUGCCUGGGUGGCUCAGUCGGUUAAGCAUCCACCUUUGGCUCAGGUCAUGAUCUUGCAGUUUGUGAGUUCAAGCCCCACAUUGGGCUCUGUGCUGACAGCUCAGAGCCUGGAGCCUCUGAGCCUCUUCCCACUAAUGCUCUCUCUCUCUC